AUGGCUAGUCCGUUUAAUCCGAGAGAGCAAGUAAAGCCCUUAGCCCCAUCAUCAAGAUACAGCGUUCGCAGCCAUGACUUGGAAGACGACGUCCCUUCCCUCCACAUAACUAAGUUCAGCCACAGAAAUUACUACUGCUGCGGCCUCGCCGCCGCCAUGUUCUUGAUCCUCGCCGUCAUCGCCAUCGUCCUCGGCUUCACCGUCUUCCACGUGAAGGGCCCGAGGAUCACGAUGAACGGCGUCACGAUCGAACAGCUGACGAGUACUGCUAACGGAAGUUUACAGACCGAUUCCAAUAUCACUCUUCUGGCGGAUGUCUCGAUCAAGAACCCUAACGUGGCGUCGUUCAAGUAUGCAAACACGACCACUUUGGUUUACUUCUACGGGACCGAGGUCGGCGAGGGGAGGAGCCCGGCGGGGGUGGCGAAGGCGAGGAGGACGAUGAGAAUGAACGUGACGGUGGAUAUUGUUCCGGCGAAGAUCCUGGCCGUGCCGGAGUUUUCCAAAGAGUUUGCUGCAAGGGUGUUAACUUUGACUAGCUUUACGAGAGUUCAUGGCAAGGUGAAAGUUGUUAUGGUGAAGAGGAAUGUUGAGGUUGAGCUGAAUUGUACCAUGACAUACAAUUUUACAAGCCAAGGGAUUCAGGGAGAUAAAUGCAAACAGCGAGUUAGACUUUAG